AUGGUGCUCGAGGCGACGAUUAUAAUCGUCGACAACAGCGAGAGUAGCAGAAAUGGCGACUACACCCCGUCUCGCUUCGAAGCACAGGUCGAUGCCGUCUCGCUCAUCUUCUCCGCUAAAACCCAGGCCAACCCGGAGUCAUCUGUUGGCCUCAUGUCCAUGGGUGGGAAAGGCCCGGAAGUACUUGCUACAUUAACUGCAGACUUUGGCAAGAUACUGUCUGGUUUACAUUCUACCAAGAUUAGUGGCAGUUGUCACCUCGCCACGGGUAUCCAGGUCGCUGGUCUCGCGUUAAAACACCGUCAGAAUAAAUCCCAACGGCAACGGAUAAUAGCUUUCGUCGGUUCUCCGAUCGCUGAAGAUGAGAAGAGUCUCAUUCGUCUGGCUAAGAAGAUGAAGAAGAACCAGAUCGCUAUCGACUUUAUCAAUUUUGGUGAGGAAGCCGAAAACACGAGCAAGCUAGAAGCCUUUAUCGCCAACGUUAAUGCAUCCGAUAAUUCACAUCUCGCCACAAUCCCACCCGGGCCACAUCUGCUCAGCGACCAGCUAGUUACCACACCUAUAUUGGGUGACGAUAGUGGAAUGGGAGUUGGAGGACCUGGGGAUAGUGGUGCUGGUGGUAGCAGUGGUGCUGGAGGGUUCGAUUUUGGAGUUGACCCUCAUCUUGAUCCAGAGCUAGCCUUGGCGCUGAGAAUGAGUUUAGAGGAAGAAAAUUCGAGACAGGAGAGGGAGAGAAAGGAGAAGGAGGAGAAGGAGAAAGCUGCGACUGCGUCUGCGAGCUUGGGAACGGUGCCGGAGGAGGAUGGGAAGAAGGAUGACGAUGAAAGUGCUCCGUUACUACCUAAGGAUGGUGAGAGCAGCAAGAAGAAGAGGGACGACGACGACAGGAUGGAUACGGCGUAG